UAGCAGUACUCACGGAGGAAGGCACGCGGUCAAGCGCACCUUAGAUGGAGCUUGCGAUCCCGCUUCCAUACGUGAGGCUCCAUCUUCGUCUCCAGCUGUCGACAAUGUUGUUUACACAAACUGUUCGCGGAAUUGUGUCUGCUGGUGAUGGAAAGCUUGACCGAGGCGACGCGUGAAAUCGCGUCGAAACUCUGGACCCCACUUCGCUUUCACCUCCCUCUUCGAACAAAACAGCGAUGUAAACAGCCACAUAUCCCACAGCAAGACGGGAAGGUCGUGACAACAAUGCUGAUAGAGUCAAUACUAGCAAUGAGUGAACGAUGGCGAAAGUGGAGUCGCUCGGCAUCCACACGCCUGUGGCACUUCCCUACUUGAUUCGUGAGGGUCUGCUGGCCCCGGAUCCCAGGGAAGACAGCUACCGGUGGGAGACUUAUAUCUGCAACGACGGUGAUGUGAUUCUUGACGAAGAGCUUCUAACCACACAAGACUGUGUGGUCUGGUCGCAGGGUUGUUAUAUUCGAAGCGUCUACCGCUUCGGACUCGAAGGCGAAGAUGUUCGGCAGGCUAUUCUGACUUCCUUUCCAUCCGUCACACAGGAAGUACACCCACCAAGCGAGACUACAUCCCAGACUCACUGGCAGCCGAUUGGAAGGGAGCAAGGUGUUAGGCCACUGAGCAACGACGAGACACGCAAUGGGGAAAAGACAGGCUCCUCUCGCGCUCUUGUUGUCGUCCUCAAAACGAAGCUGCACGUUUACUUCCUCUCUGGCGCUCAGCACAUUAUCGACUUACCAUUCGAGGUAGAGCGAGCCUUUCCCGCUCCUCAUGGGUGCAUCUUGCAAAGAAAGUCCGCUGCGCUCAUGGAACCUCCACACACACCACAGGUACCGGCUGUGCCACCAAAUUCGUUUCUCUUCUCCCGUUCGCAAACGUCCGCGUCCUACUUGCAAUCACCCACCCUUCAGCGCAGUCUUGGUGGUUCCGUUGCUGUAAAAGCAAAUCCGCCUGGGACUGCCGGCGGUCUGGACGCUCUGUUGAAGGAAGUGUUCGGCCGGCCAGCAGAAGGCAUUGAUUUGAAUUCAGCCUUGCUGUACACAAUGAGUGAUCCACUGUCAGACAUGGCCGUUGUGACUUGUUCGUUCCAGCAUCGGAAAGCGCGCGUAUCCGGCGGACAUGAAUAUAGAUCAGCGGUCGACUUCGAGUACUUGGAUGCGGCAGAGGAGCUUAUCUACGUGUCUGCCAACAGCGAAGUCGCAACAUCAUCGCCGCCAGGAAGCGGAGAACUCAUGCUACUCGUUACCUUCAACACAGUCCUGCAGAUCGUUAAUGUGUGGCAUGCGUAUUACCUCGAUGAGAAGAGCUUGAAGACUCUGAUGAAGCAACGUGCUACUAGCAAAGCUGCUCAAGCCAGAAGACGAAACUCAUUCAUGAGCACCGCAGCAGGGACGGGCACAACCACACCAGCUGUGCGAACUCGAGAUCACAACGCGCGCGAAAGCUUCGCAGCUGCCGGCUCCAUUCGGAUGCCAGGCGACCCGCAUACGUCUCAUUCAACAGCUACAGCACCUCGACCUGGUCUUCGAUCAAAUGACGAGGAGGCAAUGGUGAAGCAGAUGGACCCAGAGUUCCAACUUCCGGCGUCACAACAAGUGCUGCGAGAAGGCCGCCGUAUAAGCUCCCUGAAUGCGGAUAUGCGUACAAGUCAGACUGCAGCAGUGAAUAGUUUCGCCAGCGGAAGACGCAACGCAUCGUUUGGCGGCGCUGGGGACCGCCGCAGUCUUGGUAUUCGGAAGAGCCGUGGCUCGACGCCGGGGAGCGUCUUCGCUAGAAGCCUUGGUCGAGACGACGAUGAAAUGGAUUUGGAUAGCGACGAUAACGCUGGCAGGGAAGGAACCGUCGAGGUCAUAUUACGCCACAUGCGUGCGACAUUCGAGGCGGCUGGCGCAGACAGUUUGUUCGGCGAUCUGGAUCAGAACGGUAGACGCGACCUCGUGGUCCGCAAGGUGCACUCCUAUCGUGUGGAUCGCGAAACAGCUGCCAGCGGACUGAAGGUUGUCGUCCUGAGAGAUACCCGACUUGACCUAAAUGAACAACAAACUAAGGUCAAUGUCUAUAUUCUUGAUCGCAUGACGAAGGAGGUACGGCGCUUAGUGCUCCAGGUGACGAAAAGGCAAUUGUGGCCAGAGUUACAUCGGACCACGCAAGUUGCCGUACCAGUGUUGCUCUCAGACUGCAUUUCUGGUCAAGCAUCGGACAUUGUGAAGAUCUCAUGCCCUACCACUGAGGCAGUCUUACUGGGAGAGCGUGGCCUAGUGCUGUCCAACAGCGACAACGUUGUAUGCACAAUGCCUCAACGUGCAGCGUACCGAGUCUAUCCAAAGUACGAUGCUACUGCGGUGCCACGAAACGAGGAUUACGGCAGCAACAGAACGGUAGACGUGCCAAAUGCUGGCUUGAGCUUCGGGCACUCAAGUGCUGAGGGACAGUACGACGAGAUUGACCUGUCCGGCACGCAUCACCGUCGACGGCUAAUUCUGCAAACCGAGGACCCACUCAUACAUCGCCUGCUAGGCGCACUGGAGCUUGUGCUGCCGACUCAGCAGGCUAGUCUGGUGCGGUCGGUGUGGUGUAUGGCUUACAGCUGGCUUGACCAACGUCCCGAGUGCCUUGCUGCUACAGCAUGUGGGAUUGAGUGGACCGCUCUGGCAACGACGACCCUAUUUUUUGCUGUACCCCUGCUGGACGAGAAGGCGCAAGCGGCGCUCAAGCUAGCGCGGCUAGCCAGUGGCAAGCAAAGGGCAAGGGAGAGCAGCGGCUUGCAACUCCGCAAGCUAGAACAUGAAAGGCGACUAUUCCAGCGGAAAGCGUGGGAGUGGGUGAGUGAAUCCUCAUCUCUACAAAACACCGUAUCCGACUCAGUCACGUUCGACCAAAAGAAGGAUCUGCUGCUUCCCGUGUCUGCAGCACUGGCCAUGGAACUCUCGCAAACAAUUCCAAAGGGCACUGAAUACGCAUCGAGAGACGGUGCUAUUGCAACGGCGAUCAAAAUGACACUGGCUCUGCAUGUCGUCCGUGAGGAGCUGAAACUCUCUACACUAAGCACCCAACAGAGUUCGUCGUCGAGGCUGGGACCAUUGAUCGCACAAAUAGGAGGCUGGCUGAACCUUCCUGCCUGGUCGGCGGAUGCUGACACGUAUUACGGCAACGUCAUCGAAACCGGGGAACAUUGGGCGUUCGUGAAGUCGACGCUGUCCGUAAAGCCUCAAAUGCCGCUUAUGGAUCGCCCAAUAGGCGUGUACGAGUGGUUUGAGCAUGCCAUCAAACAGCGCUCGAGCGAGCCGUACUCAUCACUAGCAUUCGUUGCUGGUCUGAAUUCUCACGGAACAGUCUCACGUUCCCUCAUCUCCGCUGCCGAACAUUUGACACCAAGGCUUUGUGCAUUAUCGGACAUUGUUGUCAGACUGGCUGGCUUGACGGCUGGAGACGUUAGCAUUGUAGAGUUGCUCUCCAAGCGAGGUGUUGACCAAUACUUCAUGGAUACCCUGCCAAGUGCAAUCGCUGCUCCUUUCAAAGAAGCCAUAGCUCGCUGUGAGCGGGAGCCUCCAACAUCGUGGCCAGGUGCAUUGCUGGAGCUGGUUGGGAGGGAAGACUUGCUAACAGCAAACAACGGUCCCGCAAACGGUCAUGGAACAGCCCUCCCUGACAAGUUACUACUGUCGCGUGGCUUGCGCGAUAUGCAGGCUGUAUGCCACGCGCUUGAAUACAGCACUCACUCGGCAAAGACAAGAGAGGCUACGCGGCACGAUGUCUCGCAGCUUAUCUUCCAUCGCGACCGCCGCCUUGUCGAAGCUACAAACUUGAUGCACUAUAACAGCACGCAGGAGGCAGAAUGCGCGAAGCAGCCUGACUGGUCAGAUGCGCACCAUUUCGAGCGGCAGCGUCGCGUGAUAGAGUAUGUCACGGUGCGUAUGUGGGCACUUCCUGCCGGAGACGGUAUGAUUCACUACGACUGCAUAUCGCCGUUACUCACAGAAAAGUACAUGCCGUAUGGCUUCGGAUCCCGGUGUGUCAUGCAGCCUAUGGGCAUCACCCUGAACAUCGACAGAACUGCGAUGAGCGAGGAAAAAGUGGGCUGGGCCUACUUCCACGCUGGCGUUUCCAGCGGCUUACGGAUGUCGAAGAAGGUCAAGGGCAUCGAUACUUCCUGGAUUGCUUUCAACAAGCCGACGGAGCUGACAAACCGACACGCCGGCUUGCUUCUCGCACUUGGCCUGGGCGGCCAUUUGCGCUCGCUUGCGAAGUGGCUCUCAUUCAAAUAUCUAACGCCGAAGCACACGAUGACUUCCGUGGGCCUGCUACUCGGCCUCUCCGCCUCACAGCUUGGCACUAUGGAUGGACUCAUUACGAGGAUGCUCUCCGUACAUAUCACUCGCAUGCUGCCGCCUGGAGCGGCGGAGCUGAACGUCUCGCCCAUCACGCAGACAGCAGGCUUAAUGGGAAUUGGGUUGCUUUACUACAACUCGCAGCACCGACGCAUGAGCGAGAUGAUGUUGUCGGAGAUCGAGUACAUGGAGCUUGAGGAUCCCGACAGCGGUCCUGACCCGUUACGGAAUGAGUCGUACAGACUCGCUGCCGGCUUCGCUCUCGGCUUGAUCAACCUUGGGAAGGGAAAGGAGCUCCGUGGUCUGCAUGGCCUCCACUUGCCCGAGCGCUUGUUGUCGGUUGCAAUCGGUCCUCGACCGGUCCAAGCCGUUCACGUGUUCGAUCGAGCCACGGCUGGCGCCAUAAUAGCUGUUGCGCUUGUGUACAUGAAGACCGGUGAUAAUGCGAUGGCGCACAAGAUCGAUAUUCCUGACACUGAAGCGCAGUAUGACCAUGUUCGGCCAGAUAUGCUAAUGCUUCGGGUAAUGGCUCGACAUAUCAUUAUGUGGGACAAGAUACAGGUGCCGGAAUCCGACAAGUUGAACCGCGCUGAAGCGAUCGAUGACGGCUGGAUAGAGAGCAAUCUGCCGUCCGGCUACAAGGGCAAGCUGGCGAAGAUCCGCAAGACGGAUGGAAUGUCCCCAUUCACUACGGCAGAUGUGCCUUUCCUCAACAUUGCCACUGGUCUCGCUUGGGCCAUUAGUCUCCGGUACGCCGGUAGCGGCUACGAAGCCGCACGCAACGAGAUCCUAGCUCUCUUAAGGAUAUUCAACAGAGUCGGUGGCCAAGCCUACUACUACGAUGCGCACCUCGCUCGCACGACAGUAGAUCGCUGCGUCGAUGUUCUAGCCUUGGCAGCCGCUACUGUAAUGGCCGGUACAGGCGAUGUGGACACGUUCCGCUACCUGCGUCGCUUGCACGGCCGCACCGACGCCGAAACGACCUACGGCUCUCACCUUGCCGCUCACCUCGCCAUCGGCGUACUGUUUCUGGGCGGCGGAACCUAUACGCUGGGCACGUCGGAUCUGGCAACGGCGGCGCUGAUAUGCGCUUUUUAUCCGCUCUUCCCGGCGGACGUUCACGACAACCGAGUGCAUCUACAGGCAUUCCGCCAUUUCUGGGUUUUUGCUGCUGAAGCACGGUGUCUCGUGUUUGAGGAUGUUGACACGCAGCGACCUAUCUCGAUGCGGGUGAAAGUAUGCUUGAGAAACAAGCCAGCCACAAUGCGAAUGACGCCAUGUCUUUUACCGCCACUGGACACAAUCACCAAAGUGGAGACGGAGAAUCCAUCAUAUUGGAAGGUGACGCUCGACUUCGCCGGUAAUCGGGAGCAUCUCGCCUCGUUCCGCAGAAACCAGACGAUUUCCGUUCGCCGCUGUCCGGUCUCUGAAGCGCACAGCUCCGUCUUCACCGCCAGUUUCCGGGCGCUCAACGACGCCAAGUUACCUCAAGCGAUGAACGACCUCUGGCUGUCAAUCUUCAGCGUCCCGUCCCUGCGGGAGGUAGACCGAGCUGACAUUGAGCUUAUAUUGCCGCCGGACGCGCAAAGCUUUAUAAAUACCAGUGACCGUGGCACCGUUGUGGACGAACGGCUGGAGAUGCAGCGUGCGGUGGAGAGCAACGACCGGGACAAGCUUUGGAAUCUGCGGGUGCUGUUUGCCUGGGCGGAAAGAGUGAGCGAGCAACGCGAUGGGAGCAUGAGGUGGAUCGGGCGGGAAGUAGUUGAGAGGUUGAAGGCCGCCAUUGAUGACCGAUCCCGGCGGCUAGGGUUCGAAGGAUCUUGAGAAGCAGUGGUUCCUUGUGGGCUUAGCGCGGCGUUGUAGAGUUUUAUGACUCCAUGGAGAAAUCCGAGGUAAACUCCCCGGCUCGGGUACGUGCGUAAUGACAGCCUCCGGUGAACGUCUCUGCGCAACAGACAGUCUCAUAUAGACGAAGACCGCUUGUUGAUCAUAGCAUAAUCACGACGUG